AUGCUUUCUUCCAUCACGGCCAGUGCCCUUCUUGCCUGUGUCUACUUGGUGUACAGAUUAUAUAUUCGCGGGCAAAGGAAAGUCCAGCUCCCGCCCGGCCCGAAGCCAUGGCCACUGCUUGGGAAUAUUACGGACCUACCUUCGCAGGACGUGCCUGAGUAUCAACAUUGGCUCAAGCACAAGGACACCUACGGCCCCAUCAGCUCCGUUACCGUUCUCGGGCAGACCAUGGUGAUCAUUCAUGACCUAGAGGCCGUUCACGAAUUACUGGAAAAGAAGUCACUCAUGACAUCAGACCGGCCGCGACUCGAGUUUGCGCAUAACUUGUCUGGUUUCGGCAAGUACCUUUCGCUCCGAUCAUACGACGACAGCUUCCGAAGGCAGCGCAGAGCCGUACACCAGCAACUCGGGACCAAGGCAUUAGCGGAGCAGUAUCAUGCUGUGCAAGAGGAAGAAGUUGGACGAUUGCUUCUGCGGCUUCUGGAGGAUCCGCAGAAUCUCUCGCAAUACUUUAAAACACAAAUAGACCCGUUGGUCCAACUGAUCGAAGAAAUGAUGGCAAGGGCUUCCGAGGCCCUCGUACCUAUGGGCCAUGCAGUCGAUCUCUUGCCUGUUCUCAAACACGUCCCCGAGUGGUUCCCUGGCGCUUCAUUCCAAAGAAUUGCCAAGAAGACGACGGAUAUCAAUAGGAUGGUUACCGACGUUCCAUACAACUUUGUGAAGCAGCAGAUGGCGCAGAAGACUCAUACACCUUCCUAUGUAUCUAGGCUCAUUCAAGAACUGGAAGACGAGGACCUGAAGCCCGACUCUGUGGCCGUGGAGACUAUCAAGUGGUCAGCAGGAGUCUUGUACGCUGCCGGUUCAGAUACCGCCGUCUCUGCUCUUUGCAGCGUGGUUCUCGCCCUUAGCAAGUUUCCCAAGGUUCAGCGACAGGCGCAGGACGAGAUUGAUAGCUUGACGGGCUCUGGUCGUCUGCCGCAGUUUGAGGAUCGCAGCAAACUUCCGUAUGUGAACGGCGUCGUCAAGGAAGCGCUGCGGUGGUUUCCCAUAACACCAAUGGGCAUGCCGCAUGCCACCAGCGAAGACAUCAUCUUGCAGGGAUACCUUAUUCCCAAGGGCGCCAUUAUACUGCCCGCCGUGCGAUGGCUCCUCCACGAUCCCCAGGUAUACGCGGAUCCGGAUUCAUUCGACCCUGCGAGGUACCUGGCGCCGCGGGAUGAGCCAGAUCCCGCAAAGCUGGUAUUUGGGUUUGGGCGCAGAGUUUGUCCGGGAAGAUACCUGGUUGAUGCCACUCUUUUUCUUACAAUUGCCCAGUUCCUAGCCGUAUUUGAUAUCAGCAAGGCUCUUGAUGACGAGGGCAAGGAAAUAGAGCCGAUGGUGGCUAGCAGACUAGGACUCAUUGAUCACCCGGCUCCUUUUCCUUACAAAAUUACCCCUCGGAGCGAAAAGCAUGCUUCACUGAUUCGAAGUAACGAAAUGAGCUUUCCGGGGAAGGAAUCUGAUGCCGAUGCCCUCCAUGCGGCGGGAUUUGAGAGACAGUCUUGCCAGCUUUGA